UCGUUGACCAUUUUGACUCGUUAUUUUAAAACAUGCGUAUUAUCGAGUGCUGACGUGGCGGAUCCUUACAGAACCCCAGAGAAGACAACUUUAGAAGAUCCAAAAAAGUGCUGAAGGAAAGGAGAGGAGAGGACGGUGGAGCUGAAUCGGAUCGCGUCGGAGAGUCGCCGGAGAUAUCAAUCUGUUCAAGUCAGAUCGGCCGUUGUAUUGUAUCCGUUCGUCGUCUAGUGAGAGACGGUGGAUGGGCCAUGGCUGAGCCGGAAACAGUAAACGGAGUGAAGGAGAGCAAAUUAUGGAAAGGUGUAUUCGCCGUCUCCGGCAUUAUGUCCACUCUUGUCAUCUACGGUGUUCUUCAGGAGAAGAUAAUGAGAGUUCCUUAUGGAUUGAACAAAGAGUUCUUUAAGUACUCUCUGUUUCUCGUUUUCUGCAAUCGCCUCACUACUUCAGCUGUCUCUGCUGGUGCUUUACUGGCAAGCAAGAAAGCUUUGGAUCCUGUAGCUCCGGUUUACAAGUAUUGCCUUAUCUCAGUGACUAACAUCUUAACCACAACAUGCCAGUAUGAGGCUCUCAAGUAUGUGAGCUUCCCUGUCCAAACUCUUGCAAAAUGUGCCAAAAUGAUACCAGUCAUGGUAUGGGGAACUCUCAUCAUGCAGAAAAAGUACAAGGGGUUUGACUACUUGGUGGCUUUUUUGGUGACCCUUGGCUGUUCUGUCUUUAUCCUUUUCCCGGCAGGAGAUGAUAUUAGUCCGUACAAUAAGGGAAGGGAAAAUACUGUUUGGGGUGUUUCCCUAAUGGCUGGUUAUCUUGGGUUUGAUGGGUUUACAAGCACAUUCCAAGACAAACUGUUUAAAGGAUAUAAUAUGGAGAUACAUAACCAAAUAUUCUACACAACACUUUGUUCUUGUGUUCUCAGCUUCACUGGACUUGUAUUGCAAGGCCAUUUGCUACUAGCUGUAGAUUUUGUUUCUCGCCAUAGAGAUUGUCUACUCGAUAUCGCUCUGCUUUCCACUGUUGCAACAGCGAGCCAGUUCUUCAUCUCUUACACCAUUAGGACAUUUGGUGCUCUAACGUUCGCUGCUAUCAUGACAACAAGACAGCUUGCAAGCAUCAUGCUCUCAUGCAUUUGGUUCUCUCAUCCGCUUAGCUGGGAGCAAUGUAUUGGAUCGGUCAUUGUUUUCGGGUCUUUAUACGCCAAAAACUUACUGAACAACAACAAAAAAUCACAAACUCAACCGCCGCCACCUCCAGAGCUUCCGCAGUAUGGAAAACCUGAGAGCUCUUCUUAAGAACUUUCACAACCAGUUAGAGGUUUUCUUUUCUUUUUUCCUCUUGAUUUAACCCUGAAAACAAAAACAAGCUGAUAGUGAACUGAAACUAGUAUUCAUAUAGUCAGACUCUCUGUAUUUCUUUUCGUCUCUUAAUUAUUUAAGUUUGUUGGUUCUCUUGUAGUAUGUUAUAUACAUGUGUUUCGAUGAUUCCUAACGGCCAGAGCUUUUUGGCACUUUA